AUGCGAUUUCCGGCCACCGCCGCCGCCGCCGCCAUCGCCGCCGCCGGUGCCGCUUCCGCCUUGGAUCCUGCGCCCGUUGCUUUGCAGGCCAGCGACUGGCUUGGCAUCGACGGCAACUGGUCAACUGUAUCCUUUCUCCUGGGAUCCAACUCCGACCUCGUCAAUGUUCUCAUUAGCACGACUCUCUCCGAGUUUUGGGCCGUAGGCGCCGGGGGAUGUGCCGGCAAGGACGCUCAUUGCAACAAUGCUCGCGGAGGCAUCUACAACCCGAAUAAGUCCAAGCAUUGGUCUACCAUGGGCCUAUGGCAGUUGGGACUUCAGACUUUUGGCUACAACGACAACGGGGAAUAUGGCCUCGACACUGUCAACGCCUACAGCCCCAUCACCAACAUCGCCUUCGGCAUGUCAAACGUCCUCAUGGCUGCCAUGAACACAUCCAACCCCUUUCUUGGCUUCUUCGGCCUAGGCAUCCAACAGGGCAGGUUUGGGGACAUCGUGGCCGAUUCUCCCAUAACGCAGGCGGUCAAAUCCUUCGGUUGGACUCCGAGCUACAGUUACGGCUACACCGCAGGUGCUCAUUACCGCAACACGGUUGUGUCGGCCACCCUGGGCGGCUACGACUCGGCUAGGUUCGUCCCGCACGACACCGCCUUCACGUUGGAGCAAGGCGAGAGCAUCCCCCAUACCCUCGUCCGGGGUAUCCAGGUGGCUGCCAACAACUCUGGGGACCAGCCGGAUAUCUGGAGCUCCCCGGUUGAGAUUCUGUCGGAUUGGAACAGCUCCUUUACCGCCAUGAUUGACAGCUCCACACCUUAUCUGUGGCUUCCCGAGCCCGUCUGCACUCGUUUCGCCGAGGCGCUAAACCUAACCUACAACAGCACCUACGAGCUAUACACCCUUAGUAACGAACUAUACCGUGACUACACCUCCAACAAUUCACUCACCUUCACUUUCAGCCUGACGAGCUACGACAACCACGACAACUUUGGCAUGCCCCUUGAAGUCCCUGGACUCGUCAACAUCACCCUGCCCUUGCAGGCUUUUGUUAGCUUGCUCGAAUACCCUUUCGCUCGGGGAGCCAUCAAGUAUGGCGAUCCAGCGGUGCCAUACUUCACUCUACGAAAGUCCAAGAACGAUACCUUUGUCAUUGGCAGGACAUUCCUGCAAGAGUCGUACCUUAUCACCAAGUUUGACGAAUCUCUUUACUCAGUCCAUCAGGCGCUUUUCCCUGCGAACCCUGAGCGCGAUGCCAAGCUCGUCCCCAUUAGACAGCCCAGCAAUAGCCCCUAUCCUCCGCCCCCGCGGCCUCACCAGGACGAGGAGCUCACGACGGCACAGAUGGCCGGCAUUGCGGUCGGAGCCGUGUUGCUGUGCACGGUCAUCGUCGUCGGCUGCUGCUACUUCCGCCGGCGAAGACGGCAAUCACGGAAAGGCAAGAGCAAGGAUGAUGUUGACAAUCACAACGACUCAGCGUCCACUCUCGCCCCUGAUUCCCCCAAUACUCCAGUCUCGAAGAUCUUCUCCAAGAUAGUCUGCCGCAAGCACUCUCAAUCACGACGAGGCGCUGCUGACACGGACAAAGCGGGAAAUAUGAACGAUGCCGGCGUUGUCGGAAAUCAGGCCCCCUUGGAAGCGCCAGACUGCCAGAUCUACGAACUGUCAGCUUCGGCGGCUCCGAUUGAGCUUGACGCAGGAAGUGAUCGCCACUCUAUCGGAGAGAUGGAGUUGGCUACCGAGAAUCCGCAGGACCUGAGCGCCUACGAAGUCGCACGGAGAAGGAUGGAGAUGCAGCUUCGAGGUCCUGUUCCUGCCUACUCGCCACCGACGGAUGGAACCAUUCUGCAGCCGGAAAAAGCCAUGCCGAACCCCCGGCUCCUAGACACGAGCCAAGCAACCCUUCAACCUUUCCCUACAUCGCCCAUGCGGGUCUUUGCCCUCGAGGUUCCCGGGCGCGGCCAGGAGCUGGGGCGAUCCACUAGACCGACCUGCGGAGACGAGUCGAUCUAA